UGAGAGACCGUCCCAUUUUACAUGCUGUCGCUUUCUUGCUAGGCGAAUCCAGACGGCUGUGGCAGGAGAGCACGUGGACUUUUAAAAGUAAUAGAGGACUUAUUCUUUUGUCUCCUGACAGAACUUCCGGGUUAUUUUUGAAGCUAUAUCUCCCCGUGUUAGGAGGUGACUCUAGAGACUUUCUGUGGCAGCAGGGUGCGGAAGUGACUUCAGCUGACAGGCGGAAGGAAACGUGUGCGGAAGGAGGUCACAGCCUGGGAGGGACACAGGAACAGUGGGUAGUCCUGACGGGCAACCGAGGAGCAUUUCUGCAACAGAGCUCCUUGCGUGACUACCCAACCCAUGAUGCACAUUACCCUUUAGAAGAUACAGGAUCCUGGACAGCCUAGUGUUGGACAAAGGACAGCAUGGCCGAAGCUGUCCAUUACAUCCACCUGCAGAACUUUAGCAAGUCCCUUCUGGAGACUCUGAACGGGCAGCGCCUGGGGGGACAUUUCUGCGAUGUGACGGUGCAUAUCCAGGAGGCCACCUUGCGUGCCCACCGGUGCGUGCUGGCAGCCGGCAGUCCCUUCUUUCACGACAAGCUGCUGCUGGGCUAUUCGGAGAUCGAGGUGCCGCCCGUGGUGCCUAGCCAGGUGGUGCGGCAGCUGGUGGAGUUCAUGUAUAGCGGCUCGCUGGUGGUCGCACAGUCCGAGGCGCUCCAGAUCCUGACGGCUGCCUCCAUCCUUCAGAUCAAGACCGUGAUUGACGAAUGCACCCAGAUCAUCUCUCAGAGCCGCAGCCCCAAACCCCCGGCUGCCCCUCCACCUGUGCCCCUCUCUCUUCCCAGGGUGCUCCCCGUCAAGCCCCAGGAGCAGCCGUCGAAAGAGGUGAUUGGCAGCGUCUCCCGGCCCAGCAACCUCGAGGCCCCCCACCUCGAACCUCCCAAGCUGCUCUGCGCCUCGGAGGUGCGCUACAAGCUGCGUGACCUGCUUUCUUCCCAGCACCGGGAGGCGAGGGCAGUGGCCUGCGAGGGAGGCAUCAGCGAUGGGGAAACGGGGCCCCCGUACCUGCACGCCGCUGAAGCGACGCCCAGCUGCCACAGCCGCAAGCAGCGCCAGCCCGUGAGGCUUCAGUUGUCCGAGGCCAUGCCAGUCAUCAUCAAGGACGAGGAGGAAGGUGGAGGGGAAGGUCUGGAGGGGGUGGUGGCAGAAAGGGAGGCCAAGCUGAGCUGCUUUGCUGAGUGUGGUGGGAGUGGGAACUUCCCUGCCGGCUUCAGCGAGGAGGCUGAGGCGAAGGAUCCUGGGAACACCAGCGGGGCCAGCAGGAAGGAGAACAUCCACUUGGAUUACGCCACCACCGAGGGUCAAGAUUUCUUUGGGAACCAGGAUGUGUUUUCGGAGUCCUUCAUCCCGUCCUGGCAGGGGGAGGAAAGCGGGGAAGAGGCUGCCGCUUCAGCCACACGGGACAGGGAGAAGUUCCACUCGGACUGCAGCUUGGAGGCCUCCAACCUGAGGAGCUUGGCGGAAGAGUUCAAGCCGGACUUGGGUAGCCCCUCCCCGGCGUUCCCGCCGCGCAGCAGCAGCAGCAGCGGGGGGCUGACCUUCGUCUCUUCGCUGGGUAUCCAGCGGGAGUUCAAGGCUGAGGUCAGCGGCGCCAACACGGCCACCAGCACCACCAGCAUCUUCCAGUUCCAUCUGCCCCAGCCUGGCAGUGUGGCCCAGAGCUUGUACAGCAUUCAGCAGCAGCAGCAGGAAGCAGGCGCCAGCAACAUGGUGCAGCUCAGCCCCAGCGCCAUGGUAACGGGCCCCUUGCACAGCGGGGGGGAGCAGCAGCCAAGUCAGCAGCCGGGUCCUUCCCGCUGCUCUGAGCCCUCCUACCAGUGCAGCCAUUGCCAGAAGACCUUCAGCUCCCGCAAGAACUACACCAAGCAUAUGUUCAUUCAUUCUGGCGAGAAGCCCCAUCAGUGCAGCAUCUGCUGGCGCUCCUUCUCACUGCGGGACUACCUGCUCAAGCACAUGGUGACCCACACGGGAGUCCGGGCCUUCCAGUGCUCCAUCUGCUGCAAGCGCUUCACCCAGAAGAGUUCCCUCAACGUGCACAUGCGCACCCACCGGCCUGAGCGCUUCCAGUGCUGCAUCUGCAACAAGUACUUCUCCCACCGCACCCUCCUGGAGCGCCACAUGACCACCCACAGCGCCUGGAAAGGCGGGCAGCCGGACGCCCCGGGGGCCAUCGUGGCUGCCACCUCCACUGCGGAAUGGAAGGAGAAGCCCAACAUAGCCGCCGCCACUUCCGCCGCCGACAGCGCCAUCGCUGCAGCCACUGCAUGGAAAUCGGGGGAGCCGUCUGGCGAGAGCGCCAUCACUGCGUGGAAAACGGGAGACCCUGCCCCUGGGGAAAGCAGCAUGGUGGCCUGGAAGGGGGAGGCAACUGGAGAAGGGCCAGUUGCAGCCUGGAAGGGGGACCCAGCUUCAGAGUCAUCUAUACAGACUCACACGGCUUAAGGAGUUACUUCUCUGCCACGGUCGGAUGGGACCUUUGCCCAGCCCUCACUGCCUGUAGGAAGGGGGCAUCAAGGCUUGCCUUGAGUUGCAUAAUCUGGAAAAGGGCGCAUUCCAACAUCCUGCAAACUGGAAAGCUGCCUGCACUGGGCCUAGAGUUCUCCUUUCAGGCCACUGUUCCUGGAAGGCUGAUGGUAGAUUUUAAACUGGAGGAGGAAGAUGUCAUUGCCUCUGUAGGCAGUGGUGCUCACUAUCAGAGGACAUGGCCAGAGGGCAGAGACAGACCCCCGCUGACAAAUGUUCCUGGCCUGCCCAUUGCUCCGUGGUAGAGCAUGUGUUUUGCGCACAGAAGGAUCCAGGUUCAGUCCCUAACAUCUCUGUUCAAAAGGAUCUCAGGUAGCAGGGCUGGGAAAAAUCUUUACCUGAGCCCUGAAGAGAUGCUAUUAGUAAGAGCUGGCUAGGCUAGGUGGACAGGUGGCCCAUCUAGUAUAAGGCAGCUUCAUGUUUAGCUAACUAUAGCGACGAUAUUCAGAGGCAGUAUGCCACUGAGUACCAGUUGCUGUAGUGGCAGGGGGCAUGGGCAGCUGGGUGGACUGUUGCCUUCUUGUCCUUCUAGUGGACUUCCCAGAAACACCCAAGUGGCCGCUGUAGAAUGCUGGACCAGAUGACUCAGAUUUCACCCAGCAGGGCUAUUCUUACGCUCUUACAAAAGAUCUGCAACAACCAAUAGGAAGCAUGAAAAACUGUGGCCGUUUGAGCUGCCCCGUGAAAACUACCACCUACCCUUGGUGUUUAGGAUGAGAAAUGUCUAAAACAGAAAGGUUUGAUUUUGUUGGGUUAUGCUUUGAAGCAGGCAAGUAUUCAGAGGGUUGUGUGUGUUGUGCUUGUAAUGUUAAGCUGUUCCUCCCUUUCCUUUCCAAAGUGGUCGUACACCUGAGAUAUUUUUCAUUCUAUUCUAGUCAAGUUAUCAGAGUGUCUUCCCUCUGUCUUCCCAUCCCCCGUAAGAAAUAAAGCAGUUAUAUAUGUAUAUAGAUACAUUUCUAAGUCAUGGAAGUGAAGGAUUUUUGCUGAGAUUCUUGGGGAUUGUCCAUUGAAUCAAAGCCUCAUUCAGUGACCAAAGAGUCCAUCUAGUUUCUUACAGGGAACAAUACUAAACUCUGGCAAGAAAAGUGUGUAGUCCGUUUCCUACACCACUGCAAGUCAGCAGUGACUGGGUUCUGCCAGUCACAUGCUGUUCUUUGGCUGAUCACAGGAUGGUGCUUAUUCAGUAGGUAGUGCUUGCUGUAAGGUCAAAACAUUCCCUGGAGACAAACUGACGUGUGUUUGUCUUUUCUUUUUAAAAUUUGUACCUUUCUUUUCUUUUCAAAAGAAAAGUCAAAAUGGCUAUCAAAAAGGAUAUCAAAGACUGUCAAUAUAGUAAUAAAGAUGUAACAAUUGAGGGAAGCAUCUGUAAUGCAUAACAAAGAGAAGAUAUAUAUGAGAAUAAAUGAUGGCCUCUGACUUAGAUGGCUUGUCAAUUGGACAAGUUCAAGGAGGAUAGACCCAUCAAUGACUAUUAGUCAUGAUUGCUAAAAGGAACCUCCUUCUACAGAGGCAGUGUACCUCUGAAGCCCAGAAGCAGGGUCUCCUGGUCCCUACUGAAGGGCUCUCUCUAGUCCUGCAGCCAGUCAUCUUGCACAGGCUUAGAACCGCUGUUGAUGCUCCGUUCUACAACUUAGCUAUUAACAACAUAUAUAAACAACACUUCUAUCAAGCAGCGCAAAACACAAACCAUUACGACCUCCAUAAAAUCUUAUAGUAGCUUUUGUGUUUCUUAUACUUUCAAAAGCAUUCAAAGCACCAUUACACACUUGGCCUCUGCAGGCUGAAUGGUCAGGAUUGAUUGAUUGAUUAAGUGCCAUCAAGUCAGUGUUGACUGUUAGCGACCACAUAGAUAGAUUCUUUCCAGGAUGAUCUGUCUUCAAGUUGGCCUUUCAGGUCUCUCAGUGGUGCAUUCAUUGCUGUUGUAAUCGAGUCCAUCCACCUUGCUGCUGGUCGACCUCUUCUUCUCUUGCCUUCAACUUUCCCCAGCAUUAUAGACUUCUCAAGGGAGCUGAAUCUUCUCAUAAUGUGUCCGGAGUAUGAUAGUUUGAGCCUGGUCAUUUGUGACUCGAGUGAAAAUUCUGGAUUGAUUUGCUCUAUAAUCCAUUUGUUUGUUUUCCUAGCUGUCCAUGGUAUCCUCAAAAGUCUUCUCCAGCACCAAAGUUCAAAAGCGUCAAUGCUUUUUCUAUCUUGCUUCUUCAAAGUCCAGCUUUUACAUCCAUAGAGUGUCACAGGGAAAACCAUUGUCCGAACUAUUCUAAUCUUUGUAGGGGUAGACAUGUCACGGCAUCUAAAUAUCCUCUCCAAGGCCUUCAUUGCAACCCUACCAAGUGCUAGUCUGCAACAUAUUUCUUGACUGCUGGAUCCUUUACUGUUGACGGUCGAUCCUAAAAGGCAGAAGCUAUCCACUACUUCAGUGUCUUCAUUGUUACUGCUUAGGCUGGUUGCUGUACCUGUUGUCAUUAGUUUAGUCUUCAUUACAUUUAGUUGUAGUCCCAUUUUUUCACUGCAAAGUGUGCAUUGUUCCAGAGCAUACAGUUUUCUGGUAAGACGGGCAAUAUUAACUGGCUGAAGACAUUUCCACCCUUGCAGUCGAGGCAGAUCUCCUCUCAUGGGAAGGUUUCCUCUAUCCUAUGCUGAACAAGAUCUGCCAGAACUCCAGAGCAGCAGGCCUAAGAGUACCUAAUAAGAAUAGCCGAGAUGGGAUUUAUACGAGGGACUUCCCGAUCAGCCACGUAUAAUGCAACACCCAUAUCUUCAAGACUAGGAUUGCCAAGGAGGAGAGCUGGUCUUGUGGUAAGGUAAAGGUAAAGUGUACCAUGUCCUGGUGCCCACAGAGCCCUGUUGUUUUCUUUGGUGGUAUACAGGAGGGGAUUUACCAUUGCCUCCUCCCACGCAGUAUGAGAUUAUGCCUUUCCCCAUCUUCCUAUAUCGCUUCUGCCAGAUAUAGUAGCAGCGGGGAUUCGAACCUGCAACCUUCUGCUUGUUAGGCAUUUCCCAGCAAGCAUGAAUUGUCCCACUUGCUAAGCAGGGUCUGCCUUCGUUGCAUUUGAAUGGGAGACUACAUGUAUGAGUACUGUAAGAUAUACCCAUUAAGGGGUGAGGCCACUCUGGGAAGAGCCCUGUAUGUUUGCAUGCAGAAGGUUCCAAAUUCCCUCCCUAAGAUCUCCAAGGUAGGGCUGAGAGAGACUCCUGCCUGCAACCUUGAAGAAGCCGCUGCCAGUCUGUGCAGACAAUACCGAGCUAGAUGAAUCAAUAGUCUGACUUGGUAGAAGGCAUUUUCCUAAGUUCCUACUGUAAGUGUGAGGCAUUUGGGGAAAUAAAUCUCCCCCCACCCACGCAACCUGUGGCUCCAAUUUUGUCAGAGGGCCAGCAUCCGUGGCUGGAAUACUGAGCGAGGAGGACCAAUGGUCUGACUCAGUAUUAGGCAGCUUCCUAUGUUCCAGUUGCUUAACCGAAUGAAGACUUUCAUAACGGAGGAGUUUUUAGAGGUGCAGCUUUUCCCUGUCAUUACAGCUCCAUCUUGAUGAACUGCACUGGAGUUAAAUAACUGGUAACUACACAGAGCACACAAAGCAGAUAAGAUCUUUGAUAGCUUUUUAGAUGGCGGUGGAAUCUGCAUGCUUCAGUGCUACUGUAUGUGCAGCUAGGUCAGCUUUGAGUGACAUACUUAGUUGGCAUCUUGAGUGAGUCCUAUCUGCCCCUUAUGUUUACCUCAGACCUUUCUGCCUAGUAAUCAUUGCGGCAGCAUGACUGUCUUGUGGAGCUUAAUUAUCACCUACCCCGUAAUUUGACGUCCCCCUGAAAAAUGCCAUCUGUACAUCUUGGGCCUAUAGUAAGAGCUAGCUGAACGUCUCCUGGGCAUAGAUUGGCCACUUGGUGUUCUCAGCCUGCUGUAGGUCUAAAGUUUAUUUCCUCCGUCAAGGAAAUUAAUUACGCUGGCCCUGCCUCCGCUGGGAGCUGGCUCACCAGGCCUCGGGCUAUCUGUUCACGGAGAAAGCACAACCUUUGCUUUGAAAGCAGAAGAGAGUAUGAGGCAGAGGAAAGCAACCGAUGGUGCCAGGUGCCUCUGCAGCCUCUGGGGAGGCCCCUGACGGAGUUGAACUCUUCUCAAGAAGUGGAAACUUUUAAUAGCAUUCCACUUGGGUUAAUUAAGCAGCUCUCUCUCAAGAGAGAGAGGAAGGGAUGGUGAAAGCCCCCACCCCUUGGAGCUUAUUUAUACUCCAGGCUGCGAAACCUCUGCAGACAUCUUUUUAAUCACUCCCUAAGCAACCUGCUACAAAUAGAGCUCAUUAUAUUCCGUUCUCUGGCAGACUGCUCCCCUCUGGGGAGGUUUUGCCACUAAGGGAGAGAGAAGCUUGGGGAUGUUAACCAGAGGCAAUGUAAUGCAGACUGUGCCACAAAUGGUUUUGUGGUGGAUGCAGAACCAAAGGGUUAGGUCUGCCUGUGCUCAGGUAUGUUGUGGAGAGCAACGAGCCUUCUACGAGUUCCAUGGAAAGCAAGGAAGGACGCACAGCCGAGGGAAAUACGAGGCUUUGCAUUGUCUGCCUAGAUGGUUUCAGUCAUAUCUGAUCAUCAGUCGUAUCAGUUGGUCUGAUUUCGUAUCUGAUCAUCCUGUUAUAAUUAGUAUCCAUGUGGUGCUGUCUGCUGUUGAAAGCUCUUUACACAUAUUCUCAGUCAUUCUCGUAGCAGGCUUUAGAUAGGCCCGUGUUGUUAUCCCCAGUAUUCUUAUCCCCCUGGAGGUGCAGAGGCUAAUAAUGGCUUGCCUAAAGUCUCUCGUUUCGGGCUGAUGGGCAUUGAAUUGGUGACAUCCUGGUUCAUGGUCCGAGUGCUUGGCCACUCUACAAGGAUCUUAUAAAUACCACCGAGCGAGGAUGUGGCUAAAAGAGAGUGGCUUAAGACAGCCCUGCAGUAUUGUCCAUGGUUAGCCCUGCCGGUUUGAGGUGGGGCGGAGGCUGCCAGGCCUGGCAUCUUUCAGCAUCUGUGAGGGGUCCAGCACUGACCAUGGCCUGUCCCUGAGACCUGUCAGGCUGCUUUCCUUACAGUAUUUCUAGCCAUGGAUGCUGGCCCUCUGACGAAAUUUGAGGCACAGGUUGCGUGGGUGGGGGGAGGAGAUUUGUUUUAUUUCCCAAAAUGCCUCACAGUUACACUAGGAACUUAGGAAGCUGCUUUAUACCAAGUCAGACUAUUGAUCCAUCUAGGUCAGUAUUGUCUACACAGACUGUUGGCAGCUUCUUCAAGGUUGCAGGCAGGAAUCUCUCUCAACCCUAUCUUGGAGAUGCUGCCAGGGAGGGAACUUAGAAUCUUCUGCUCUUCCCAGAGUGGCUCCAUCCCCUGAGGGGAAUAUAUCUUUCAGUGCUCACAUAUGUAGUCUCCCAUUCAAAUGCAAACCAAGGUGGACUCUGCUUAGCAAAAGGGACAAGUCAUGCUUGCUACCACAAGACCAGCUCUCCUCCCAUAGCGUCCUACUAUGCCAGGGCACUCUGGGGAAAACAAAAUGGGGACCAUUGGCUGCUGUUGGGGCCUCCCAGAGGGCACGUGCCAUGGGGCCUUUAGACCCGGAGCUGGCACUAGGCAGGCCUGCUCAACUUUGGGGCCCCAGCUGUUUUUGGACUACAAUUCCCAUAAUCCCCAGCCACAGUGGCCAGUAUCCAGGGAUUAUGGGAGUUGUGUGCUAACAUCUGCAGGAGGGCCGAAGCUGAGCAGCCCUGCACUAGAGGCUGGUUUGGGAAACUCUUCACGCAAACCCCUGCUCGGAUUACAUUACAGGGAAGAUCAACCUUAUUCAGCAGACCUUCCUGCCCCCCUUCAGGCCAAAUCUGGCAUUUUACUGCCAGCAGAAACCUUGUGUUCUCUGGACUUGCAUGCAGACACCUUGCACUGUUUAAGAUUGAAAAGCUCCAAAAAAGAUCAUGGUGCUUUUAGAGUGUUAAUGGCAUUUCACAUACCUGGUCCUGUCCCAAUCCUUACAACAUUCCUUUAAGGUAGGCCAGUAUUCUUGGUGCAGGUUCCCCACUUUCCUGAAAUAUGCUCAUUAGUAUAGCAGUGAGGUGCAUCCAGCACUGUGGGACGCACAGCCAUGUCAAGAUGCACAGCACUGACUUGGAAAUAGGCAGGAACCACAUGGAGAUGUGAGCAAGAUAUUUUGCCUACACAAGAAGACCCAGAACUGCACCCACAAAUCUGACAGAUGCUGAACAACCAGGAGAGACUGUCUGGGGCCAGUGAAAAAGGCAACCUCGUGUGUGGCAGCUAUGAAAAAAGGCAAAUUGCAUGCAGGGGCACCAGGGCCUUUUCAAAAAUGUGCAACUGGACACAACCCAUGCAGCCCGUCCCCCGUGCAGUUCUAAAAGUACACAUAUGUAGUUCAAACAUCCAAGUCAUGCAAAGGUUGCCUCGUGUGGUAAGAUGUGAAAAGUGACUGAUAACCAUGAAAAAACUCAAGUGAGUCAUCCAGGCUCUUCUAGAACCCAGACUCUGAUCCAGCAUCCCCAUUUCCUAUCCUGCCAUAGAUGCUUCCUGCAGACCCCACUGCUACUCCCCACAGCAUCUUCCCCAGUGAGUAUAAGGUGCUUUUUAUCAGCUUCAGUUGAUAUCCCAGCUGUGUCUGUUUCUUGAGAUAAACGACCUCAGAACGGUAGUAUAUCUACUGGUAACCUCCAGACUUGACUACUGCAAUGUCCUCUAUGUGGGGCUGCCUUUCUGUGUAGUCCGGAGACUGCAGUUAGUCCAGAAUGCGGCAGCCAGGUUGGUCUCUGGGUCAUCUCGGAGAGACCAUAUCACUCCAGUACUGAGAGAGCUACACUGGCUGCCGAUAAGUUCCUGGGCAAAAAACCAGGUGCUGGUUAUAACCUAUAAAGCCCUAAACAGCUUAGGCCCUGGAUAUUUAAGAGAAUGUUUUCGUCACUAGGAACUCCACCACCCAUUGAGAUAAUUGGGAGAGGUUCGUCCACAGUUGCCACUGGCUCGUCUGGUGGCUACUUGGGGAUGGGCCUUCUCCAUGCUGCCCCCAUUCUCUGGAAUGCACUUCCUGCUGAAAUAAGAGCCUCCCCAUCUCUUAACAGUUUUUUAAAAGGCAUUUAAAACAUAUUUGUUCACCCAGGCUUUUAACUUGAUACUGUUUUGAUAGUUUUUAACAUUGUUUCCAAUUUUAAAUUAUUGUGGUUUUAGCCUUUCAUUUUGUUGUAAUUUGUAUUGUAUUGUGAGCCAUCCAGAGAUGUACGCUUUGGGUGGGAUAUAUAUAUGUUCAAUAAAUAAAACGCACUAUGGCAAUCGUG